ACCGCCGUAGCGAAACCAACAGACGAAAACACUUGAGGAGUGUUGUGUGCAGCCAAUCGUCAGAACAACCCUGCUGCGAGACUACGAGGUCUGCGAGUUGGGAGGGAAGGAGCAAAAAAAAAAAAAAAAAGAAAACAUGGCGAAAUAACAAGUUUGGCCGUCAUCCGCAGUUUGAAUCUGCAUGGUUUCUGUCUGUGCUGGACGAAUACAGCAAGCUCGGGAAAAGCCCCUGGACGUUUGGAGAGAACGAUUAUUACGCAGAAACUUUGAACAGUCGAGGGCCCCAGCUUUACAAGUACGGUGGCUGAGACACAUUGCGCCUGCCUUUUCUGCCUGUGUUUCCCCCCCUCCUCCUCCUCCUCCUCCCUUCCCCCGGAAGGCUGGCAGUGCUAGGCGCGACUGUCAACACAGAAAAUGGAUGAAGACGGAAAAGUUUAUUCUGGAAACGAGUAUUUUGGCCAUUUAGCUUAGCUGCGUUAGCGCACCUGACGCGGUGUCGCCGCUGGGCUUUUCCGGACGAAACUGGGGAAUAUAAUUUUAAGUUUGGAAAAACUGCAGUUUGCAUAGAUGCACAAUUCAAUCAAGGCGGCUGUGUUCAUUUCCUGUGUUAUAUUCGGGUAGUGUAUUGUAUUCGAGGUGGAUAAUGACAGCCUGACAGUCGGUUCUGGUUCUGGUUGCGCACGGACGCCAUCACAAUCAGACCGCUGCGUUUCUCCACUGCGCUGCAAAGCCCUUAAAAUGUUAUUUUGUUGCACUCUUAAUAUCAGUCCAGCGAGGAAUGUGUUACAUCCAUCUGGGUAGUUUGUCUUUUUUCCUACAACACGCAACAUUGUCUCUUUUUGAGAAGACAAACCGGGGAUGUGUCAGAGCAGCGGAGACUCGGCGUCUUGUCAAAAUGAACGCAGCAAGGUGUUCAACAACAGCGGCGGUGCAUCGCGUUGAAAGGCUGCCAGUUGUGAAUACGGUACCGAUGGCCGGCUAAAUCUUUUAUUUCAGCUUGCAUGUGUUUUGAUCGGAUGUUACAGAGGGCAUUUCUGUAAAAAAAACAAAAAAACCCAAACAAACAAAAAAAAAACAACUGCGGAUAACAGUUGCUUGCUCUCGGCCGGAGUUAACGCGAGCUCGUCAGCUGGGUGCGUCUGUGCAGAUCCACCGUGUUGUUCCAGCACACAGGGCAGCCCUUUUUUUUUUUUUUGCUUUGUUUUCCAACCAACAAGCUCGUUUUAGAAGCUUCUUUUGCUUUUUUUCCCCCCACCCCUCUUUGCUACUUCGUGAGACAUUUAAGUGGCUAACUUGGUGAGCUAACGUCUCUUUAAGUUUUCGCGCAGCCAUGUCUGAAAACGCCCCCACACGAAGCCUGGAUGACAUCGACCUCGCAGCUCUGAGGGAUCCAGCAGGAAUCUUCGAGCUGGUCGAGGUGGUCGGCAAUGGGACGUAUGGGCAGGUGUACAAGGGCCGUCACGUGAAGACGGGCCAGCUGGCCGCCAUCAAAGUGAUGGAUGUCACAGAGGAGGAAGAGGAGGAGAUCAAAGCCGAAAUCAACAUGCUGAAAAAAUACAGCCACCACCGAAACAUAGCCACAUACUACGGUGCCUUUGUCAAGAAGAGUCCACCGGGACAUGACGACCAACUCUGGCUGGUGAUGGAGUUCUGUGGCGCGGGAUCAGUGACCGACCUGGUGAAAAACACAAAGGGCAGCUCCCUGAAGGAGGACUGGAUUGCUUACAUCUGCAGAGAGAUCCUGAGGGGCCUUUCUCACCUCCACGCCCACAAAGUGAUCCACAGAGACAUCAAGGGCCAGAACGUGCUGCUAACGGAGAACGCAGAGGUCAAACUGGUGGAUUUUGGUGUCAGCGCUCAGUUGGACAGGACAGUCGGGCGUAGGAACACCUUUAUCGGUACACCUUACUGGAUGGCACCUGAGGUUAUCGCCUGUGAUGAGAACCCUGACUCCACCUAUGACUACAGGAGCGAUAUCUGGUCCCUGGGGAUCACAGCCAUAGAGAUGGCGGAGGGAGCUCCACCUUUGUGUGACAUGCACCCGAUGAGAGCCCUCUUCCUUAUCCCAAGGAAUCCCCCUCCGAAACUGAAAUCCAAAAAAUGGUCCAAGAAGUUCAUUGACUUCAUAGAGGGCUGUCUGGUGAAGACUUACACCAGCCGACCAUCGACGGAGCAGCUGCUCAAGCACUCCUUCAUCAGGGACCAGCCCACCGAGCGCCAGGUCCGAAUCCAGCUCAAAGACCACAUCGACCGAACUCGCAAGAAACGAGGAGAGAAAGAAGAGACGGAGUAUGAGUACAGCGGUAGUGAUGAAGAGGAUGAAAAUCGUGGAGAUGACAGAGAGUCUAGUUCAAUCCUCAAUGUGCCCGGCGAGUCCACCUUGAGGCGGGACUUCCAGCGUCUGCAGCAGGAGAACAAAGAGCGGUCCGAGGCUCACAAGAGGCAGCAGGCCCAACUGGCCGCUCAGCGCAGAGACCCCGAGGAGCACAAGAGGCAGCUGUUGCACGACCGACAGAAACGCAUUGAAGAACAGAAGGAACAGCGGCGUCGACUUGAAGAGCAACAGAGAAAGGAGCGAGAGAUGGUGAGGCAGCAGGAAAAGGGUCCCCACCGGAGACUCGACGAUAUGAGACGGGAGGAAGAUAGGAGGUUGGCUGAGAGGGAGCAGGAGUUUAUCAGACAUAAGUUAGAAGAAGAGCAGCGGCAGUUAGAAAUCCUCCAGCAGCAGCUGCUUCAGGAGCAAGCACUGCUCAUGGAGUAUAAGCGCAAACAGCUGGAGGAGCAGCGUCAGUCAGAGCGGCUGCAGAGGCAGCUGCAGCAGGAGCACGCUUACCUUGUGUCUCUGCAGCAGCAGCAGCAAGAGAAGAAGCCCCAGCUCUACCACUUUAACAAAAACCUGGAGCCCAACAACAAACCCACUUGGGCUCGUGAGGUGGAGGAGCGGAGUAAGCUCAACAGACAGGGCUCACCCAAAAUCUGCACCACCGUCUCUGACACCGCCACAUCGCGUUCUGACUCAAUCAGCCAAUCAGGAGUGGGGCAGUCUUCUCAGACCCCACCCAUGCAGAGGCCUGUUGAACCGCAGGGGGGUCAAGGAAAGUUCCAAAUGGCUCACUUGGUCCCCUUGAAGCCUUACGCUGCCCCUGUCCCUCGCUCCCAGUCUCUCUGUGACCAGCCCACUAAGACCAUGUCCGCAUUCCCCACCCAGGACCCCUCACUUGCUCCCACACCCCGCCCCAUCCACUCUAGAGAGCUGGUGCGUCAAAACUCAGACCCUACUUCUGAAACCCCGGCACCACAGGCUCACCAAAUCAGAGAGGACCGCGGGCCGUGGAUCCGCUUGCCGGAUGUGGAACUCCCACCCAAGAUUCCUCAGAGGACGGCAUCCAUCGCUACAGCUCUCAACACCAACCUGUCCUCUGGCAUACGGCAUCCAGUCAGAGCCAGCAAUCCAGAUCUGAGCCGUAAUGAUCGCUGGGAGAGAGGAGACAGCAUGAGCAUCAUAUCCAACCUGCCCCAGACUGGCUCUCUAGAGAGGCAUCGCAUCCUCAGCACCUCCAAAAUGGACUCACCCAUCCUCUCCCACGAUAGUCGUCAUAAGCCGGGGGAGUCUCGCACCUCCUCUCGCCCAGGGCGCCCUGCUAGUUACAAGAGAGCUAUAGGGGAGGACCACGGCCUCUUUGCCAAGGAGCGUACCGAGGAGCAGCCGAGACCCCCGGUCAAGGCCAACGACUACUCCUCGUCCUCCGAGAGCAGCGAGAGCAGUGAGGAAAGCGAGAGCGGGGAGGGUGUUGAAGAGGAAGAGAGCCCGACUGAUCGUCAAAGGGACGCAGACACAGAUUCAGUAAACACCAUGGUGGUGCAUGAAGACGAAGGCGAGGUGGGUGAGGGGGAGCAGGCUGGAGGCUACGGGGAUCAGACCAUGCUGGUGCAGAGGACCCCAGAGAAGCGGAGUCAUAAUGGGUACACUAACUUGCCAGAUGUGGUUCAGCCCUCCCACUCCCCCACGGAUUCAGCCUCCCACUCCUCCCCCGGGAAGGACUCUGUUUAUGAUUAUCAGUCCAGAGGUUUGGUUAAAGCAUCUGGAAAGUCCUCCUUCACAACCUUUGUGGAUCUUGGCAUGUACCAGUCACCAGGAAGUACAGGGGAUACCAUCUCUGUCACUGGCUCGAGGUUUGAGCAGCUGAAGAUGGAGGUGAGGAAAGGAUCCAUGGUGAAUGUAAAUCCAACCAACACGCGCCCCCCCAACGACACACCUGAGAUCCGCAAGUACAAGAAGAGGUUCAACUCUGAGAUCCUGUGUGCUGCGCUCUGGGGUGUGAACCUCCUGGUGGGCACAGAGAACGGUUUGAAGCUGCUGGACCGCAGUGGUCAGGGCAAGGUUUACCCCCUCAUCAACUCUCGCAGGUUCCAACAGAUGGACGUCCUGGAGGGCCUCAACCUGCUCAUCACAAUAUCAGGCAAGAAAAACAAAGUGCGUGUCUACUACCUCGCCUGGCUGAGGAACAAGAUCCUCCACAACGACCCCGAGGUGGAGAAGAAGCAAGGCUGGACCACUGUGGGGGAGAUGGAGGGCUGUGUGCACUACAAAGUGGUGAAAUACGAGAGGAUAAAGUUCCUGGUGAUUGCUUUGAAGAAUGCAGUGGAGGUGUACGCUUGGGCGCCCAAACCUUAUCACAAAUUCAUGGCCUUCAAGUCUUUUGCUGACCUGCCUCACCGGCCGGUCCUGGUGGACCUGACAGUGGAGGAGGGUCAGAGGUUGAAAGUCAUUUAUGGUUCUUGUGCUGGCUUUCAUGCCAUCGACGUGGACUCUGGAAACAACUAUGACAUCUACAUACCUGUUCAUAUCCAGAGCCAUGUGAUGCCUCACGCGAUAGUCUUCCUGCCCAGCUCAGACGGCAUGGAGAUGCUGCUCUGCUACGAGGACGAAGGCGUCUACGUCAACACCUACGGACGAAUCAUCAAGGACGUGGUGCUGCAGUGGGGCGAGAUGCCCACAUCUGUUGCUCAUAUCUGCUCUAACCAGAUCAUGGGAUGGGGGGAAAAGGCCAUUGAGAUCCGCUCCGUAGAGACCGGCCACCUGGAUGGUGUCUUCAUGCACAAAAGAGCCCAAAGGCUGAAGUUUCUUUGUGAGAGAAAUGACAAGGUGUUCUUUGCAUCGGUGCGGUCCGGAGGCAGCAGCCAGGUUUACUUCAUGACCCUGAACAGAAACUGCAUCAUGAACUGGUGAAGGAUCAGCUGCUCCGGUCAGCGAGUGGAUCCCAGCAGGAAGUGCAUCUGAAAACUCCCCACAAACGCAUGCACGCUAAUCUGAAUUUCCUCUGCAGCGCUCUCUAUCAUUCACACACUCGUACUCUAAUACAGAAUACACACACACACACACACACACACACACACACACACACACACACACACACACACACACACAAACAAAAUGAUCUAAAACCCAUUUCAGCCUACACUCCUUCUGAAGAUACGGUUUCUACCAAGGCUCACUGACAACCCUCUCCCUCGAGUCAUCAUGAAAAAUCUCAAUGACCUUCAGAUGUUAAUACCAUCAAUUUGUAAUGUAUAUAUUCUCGUCUUGAUUUACUUUAGUUGGUGGACCUGUGUUCAGUCGUGAUUUAGUUCCUAAUUGUGAAGUAUGUUAAAAAACAUUCCUUGAUGGUUCUUCAGUACAUUUUGAGGAAGGCAUUAUUUACCCUUACUGUGUGUCCAAAUGAAGCUGUAAAUAGGUAGCACCUUACACUUAGAUCUGAAUCAUCUGCAGGCCUCUUAUAAAGCCUCCAUUCAAUGUGGAUGUAAAAUAUCAACAUGCUGGGGGAUGUCCAUCUGCAGCGGCUUGUAGACCUAUCAUGAGGCUAUCAUAAAUUUGAAGGAGGCUUAAAGGAAGGAUUAAGUACAAAACUAUUGCAAAGGGACAUUGAAGUCAGGACGAAGCAGCUUUUGUUUGAAUCAGUUGUCGACCGUUGACCUGAAGUCAAACUGAAGUCAUGUUCAUGCCAACUUUGUUCUCCGGAUGGCAAAGUGAGCUCGCGUCUCUUAAAUCCCUGCACAUGAGCCUUGAACGCUUCACAAGCGAGGAACAUUUCAGUGUGGAUCAAAAUCAGAAGUCUCACACGUGAAAUCUCCUGCUUUUGCCUAUUUUUUUUUCUUUUUCUAUGAUUUAAAAAAAAAAAAAAAACAACAACCUUCGUUUAUUUGACUCAUCAGGCUUGUAUCUAAACUUUCUGUUUUCAUACAUUUACAAAAUACAACAAUUUGAUAUGUAUAUGUAGUGAUUCUGUAUUGGUAUUAGCCUACUGGUAUUCUUACUUUUACUGUAAUUAUAUUGCCAUUAUAUUGCAAUAUAUGCUAUUCUCGUGGAGCCUUUGAAAAGGGGAGUUCCUGUAUUUAGCGUGGUAGAUUUUAGGGAGUACGAGGACAUCAGAGAGAGACGUGAAAGGAGGGUGUCGCUUUGGAUCCCAGAUUAUUUUCAAGGUCCUUUCACUCUGCUACCACAGUGAUCUAAUUCUACUGUAUUGUAUUUCAGUUCGUAGACUAUUUCUGCUGGUGUGGAUCUUUAUGUGAGAACUGUUUGUCCAGGGGAUUUCAGUAGAACAGAUCUGGGUGUGGUACAGUUUAAAUUUGUCUCGGGUCAGAGGACGGAUUAUGUGAUAGGGUGGCUGUAAUACGACAUAGUCACUCUGGAGGAAGAGGAACACAUCAGACUUAAUAUAUUUUGUACAUUCUGCCAAAGUUCAGUGCAACAGGAGGAGGAAUAAUGGCCAAAGGAAAAUAGAGCUUAUGUGCAACUUAAGAAAGAAACUUCCUAUUGAUCACUAACCGAUGUUCAUUUCACAUUAUACAUCCACAAUGUCAGACGACUUCUCGCUGAUGUCAUGGCACAAAUCGUGUUUUUAAGGACAUGAACCAAAUAAAAAGCAGCUGAAGAUGAUACAGUUUGCUCUGGUACUCCAGGCAGUGCGAUGUUAGUAAGUAGUAGGCAGCGUAAUCAGGAUGUAGCUCGGUGACAAUCUGUGAGCGGCGGGUAAGU